AUGCGCGACCGCGGGCUCUUCGUCGCGGAAGGGCGGCUGGCGGUGGAGCGCCUCCUGGCGUCCCGUUUCCGCACGCGGGCGCUGUUGGUGAUCGACGGCGCACUGGAAGGGCUGGAACCGGCCCUGGCCGCCGGCAGGGGCGAACGCGAGCUCGACGUCUACGUCGCCGACUCCGCGCAGUUGCGGCUCGUCACCGGCUUCCGGUUCCACCGCGGCUGCCUGGCGCUGGGGGAGCGUCCCGCGCUCGGGGAGGAUGAUCCCCGACUGUCGCCGGUUGCGCCGGGAAGCCCGCUCGUGGUGCUCGAGGGCGUAUCGGAUCCGGACAACGUCGGGUCGAUCUUCCGCAAUGCCGCGGCGUUCGGUGCGGCCGGGAUAGUGCUGUCGCCGACCUGCGCGGACCCGCUCUACCGCAAGGCGAUCCGCACGUCGAUGGGGACGACCCUGCAGCUUCCGUUUCGGGUGGUCCGGGCGGGCGAGUGGCCGGGCAUCCUCGAGCGGAUCCGAGAAGCGGGAGCCCGCGUCGUCGCCCUCACCCCGCUGCAACCCGCGACCGAGAUCGAGGCGUUCGUGCGCCGCGGUUGCGAAGCGGGGGUCGCUCUGCUAUUCGGCAACGAAGGAGACGGCGUGAGCCGGACGGCGCUCGACCGGUGUGACGAGCGGGUCAGGAUCGACAUCGCCCCGGCCGUGGACUCGUUGAACGUGGCGCACGCGGCCGCUAUCGUUCUGCAGCGGAUCCGCGCCGUCAGUCGGCCAUGA